GCCGUUUCCAUUGAUUCAUUCAUUCAUUCAUAGUGUUCAUUUAUUGACACCCAAUGAGAACGAAUCAACUUAAGCAGGGUGUCUCUACAACACAGACGGAGGUGUGAAGCCGCCCCGAUGAAUUGAGUCAGUCAUCCGUACAGCUAGCUAUAGCUACCUGUCCUCGAUAAGGUAGUCACCACCCCCCUCCUCCUCUCUCUAGACAUGGCUAACAUGGUGUCUGGUGCGUGGUGUGGCCGUGGACAGACUCAUCCGCCGCCCUCGUUGGACGGCGCCGUAGCCAUGAACGCCCCCACAGCCUGACCGACGCCUUUCUCCGUGGCUACUGCCUCCCUACCGCGCCCAGCACCACCAGGUGCUGCAUCAGACUCUUGCCUGCAGAUCCACCAGCACUAGCAGCAGCAGGUGGUGCCUGGCCCUGCGCCUGGGAAUCGGAACUCGCUGACUGCUGCGGGGGGAGAGGGGGAGGGGCCAUCGUGGCGUGGAGGUCCUCUUCGGCACCUGACAACACAACCACAACAUACACACAUGCCGCCCGGCCCAGGUGGCUGCCUGCAUCUUCAAGUGGCUGUCGGCUUGUCCUGGUCCUGACCUGGUGGUGGCGGCGUGAUGCCCGGUCCGUCGACCAGCCCCAUCGACGCCUGAUAGGGCCGCACAGCACCAGCUGCUGGGUGGGCCCCCACACCCACACCCACACCCACUCCCGCCCCUAUCGGCAUUCCCAUGGCGUGCCCAUGGAUGUGCCUGUGCGCGAUAUGGUCGCCAGCACGACCCACGGCCCCGCCCCUGUCGCGGCCGCCCUCAUCCACGAGGAUGUGCUCGCAGUUCUGGAGGAGAGGCACCCCGGCAAUGCUCGCCAACUUAUUGCGGUCAAAGAUGACCUUGCUGAGGGCGUCGGUGAAGGUGGUGUUCUGGUUGACAAACACCGCCUGCGGCCCUGCUGCACCGGUGCUGCCAAACCUACACGACACGCCCAUCCACACACACACACAGACACACACCUACACUGCCUGGCUGACCGGCCUGUCGCCUUUCUGCUGCUCUUCACACACACACACCCACCCACCGUGUCCUGAAGCCGACCAGCGGUCGUUUGACGACCUCUAUGCCGAGAGGGCACUGGGGCGGGAGGCACUGCGAGAGCUUUUCGAGCACUCGCUCCGCCCGGGCGAUCUCGGGAGCGAGGGCGGUGGACGGGGCCGACUCGUCGACGACCGACUCCCAGCCGGGCAGGAGGUGGAACUGAUCGGCCUCGCCCUUCGGGCCCCAGAUGUCACGCACAAACUGAUCCGUCCAUCGACCAAACCAAACCGCAUACAUCGACCGACAUUCACUUUGGUCUGCGCAGUGGUUUUUUGCGGGGAGAGGGGGGCAUGUGGGUGUGUGUGGGUGUGCCUGACACACCUGCUCGCGGUCUUCGCAUGCCUGCUUGAAGGCGUUUUUGACCGACUUGAACUGCACAAAGUUGCGGAUGCGCCCCCAGACGGCCCCCACGCCUGCGUGGUUGAACUGGACGCGCACGCCCUUGUCCUGCACGAUCUGCACGCCCAGGGGGGCCGGCCUGCCGUUGGCCUUCUUGGGGCAGUACUCCUUCAAACACUCGAUGAGCUACACAUACACACAACACACACACACACACAGAAAAAUCUAUGUUGUUUUGUUCUGUUCUGUGUGUGGCUGGGUGUGUGUGCGGGCGGUCUCUCUCUCUAUCUCGCUCGCUCACGUGUUUGCCCUCCUCUCUGGGCGUCAUGGUGCUGGGAGGGUUCAGUGCCUGGUGUGCCGCAGCAGCCGCCGCCGCACAGAUGGCCGCCGGGUCCAGCCCCAACUCCUUCAUGACCACGGCACUCUUGCCACGACCCCUCCCACCACCAGAACCGCCACCACUAGCAGCAGCGCUUUUCUCCUUGGCCGCCCGGCCCCGGCCCCGGCCCCGGCCCCUCCCCCUCCCCCGUCGGCCGCUCCCCUCAUCCCUUGCCGCCGACGCAGCCAAGCGCUGCCCGGGCGUGUACUCGUCUUCAUCCUCUAUAUCUCUGGCCGACCGUCGUCCGCGGCCGCCACCGGUCCUCUGUCGCUUGCUGCUGCUGCCGUUGACCACCGACUCACGCUUAUGGCCGGCAUGGUUAGGGGGAGGGACCUGGUCGCCAGAAAACAAUGGAGAAAGAAACGGGGCUAUGCGUGUGUCUGUGUCUGUGUCUGCGAAUGUGGGAUGGUAGGUAACCUGUGCAGCGGCGCUCUGGAACAGCUGUAGCAGGCGGAGAGUCUCGGCGUGGUCGAACUUGGCCAGACUGGCGUCCAUCGCCUCCACAAACCCAUCACCCACCUGACACACACACACCACACACACACCACACACACACACACACCACCACAUCGAUGCCACCAUACCCCGCACGCACACGCAUCGCAGGCUAUAUCACUGCGGUGUUCUCGUGUCGCCUUCUGAGUGCAGCGGCCGUACCUGAAAGCCCUGUGCGAUUUUCUCGUAGAGCGGCGUAUCCGUUAGAGUGGGGCACGACUCCUUGCGCAACCAACUGAUUCAAUUCACGCAUAAGCAGCACACGGCUCUCUAUAGGAUAUGUUGUGCCCUUCUCUUGCGACCCUGCCAAGCUUUUAAGCUUACUGCUGGAAUGCGGUCUCGCCGAGCCACAUGGCGCCGAGUUCGGCCAGGGCAGCAUCGACGGCGCUCAUGCUGCCCUACUGACGUCAAAUCAAGCUAGCUGCAGAGAUCCUGUCAGUUCCUCUCGUUGUGCACAAGGACUACAAACCGAGGCAGCUGGUAGAGGUGCCUCCUCGGGUACGCUCAGGCAUUAAGUCGCUGUUGCAGAACUUCAAGGCGGUUUUCAGCGCUCGUGAUGUGAUGUCG